CUGACGUUUCGAAAAAAAAUAAAAACUGCACGUGUAAAACCGAAAAUUUGAAUUUGUAAUUGUAAGCUAGUUAUAAUUAAGUACUGUGAUUAUAUUCUUGCCUUUUGAAGCAUUUUAAUAUGCGACCGCUUACGGAUGAGGAGACAAGAGUUCUAUUUGAAAAAUUAUCAAAAUAUAUUGGAGAGAAUGUGAAAUUAUUAAUAGAUCGUCCAGACGGCAUUUAUUGCUUCAGAUUACACAAGAACAGAGUAUUUUAUGUCAGUGAAGUAAAUAUGAAACUUGCCUGUAAUAUACCCAAAGAAGCAAUUUUGAGCUUGGGAACCUGCUUUGGAAAAUUUACAAAGUCUUUACAGUUUAAGUUUCAUAUCACAGCUUUAGAUUACAUUGCCCCUUAUGCUAAGCACAAAAUAUGGCUGAAGGCUAAUGCUGAACAGCAAUUUUUAUAUGGUCAUAAUAUAUUAAAGACUGGUCUAGCAAGAAUUUCUGAAAACACAAUUAAAUAUCGAGGUGUUGUUGUUUACUCUUUGAAUGAUCUUCCCCUUGGUUUUGGAGUAGCAGCAAAAUCUGCAGAAGAGACGCGGAAUGCUGAUCCCCUGGCAAUAAUUGCAUAUCACCAAGCAGACAUAGGAGAGUAUUUAAGAAAUGAGGAACAGUUAUGCUAGUGCAGUUGUUCCGGACUUUGUAAAAUAUGUAUAUAAGUGAAAUAAAUUUUUUAUAUGCACAUCAGA